AUGGCAGAAAAUGUAGAAAGCCAGGAUCUAGGAGCAAAUGUUUUGCAGAUGAGGGGAAGUAUCCAGGAGGAGGGUGAGGAAGAGCUGAAAAGAUUGCAGAACCCUUUAGAGCAAGUUAAUGAUGGAAAAUAUUUACUUGAAAAUCACCAGCUGGCCAUGGAUGUGGAGAAUAAUAUUGAAAACUAUCACCUCAAUCUGCGGCCAUUGGAAUCAAAGGUCAAAAU